UUUAUAUAAUUAGUGUAAUUCAACUUUUCAAAGUAAAGACUACAACAAAAACUCAUACAACAAGCAAAGUUUGGUCAAAUACUUCAUUUGUAUAAUUUCACCAUCAUUACAAUGGCGCACAGAACAAAAUUAUGUGAUCAAGGUGGAAUAUUCAAUGCUUCUAGACCUUUGAAUUAUAGUGUGGGGACACGUUCAUUUUUAAAUGAUUUAAUUAAUGAAAGUCGAUUGACAACAUUGCAACGAAAAUCUGUCGAGGGUUGGCUAAGAUCCGGUAAACAACCUUCGAUAUAUCUAUCUCCUACUUCCCUUCGCACAUCAGCUCCGGCCAACAUCAAACGAGACCGCUGUUUUAAGCCCAGAACACUAAAAAAUAUUGUUGAAUCUGGUGCUUAUGAACCGGAAUCAUUUCAAUCCGACAGAAGAACAAAAAAUUACUCUGCAGAGAAAGAAAGGUUACAAAGUAUUAUGAUGUAUGGUAAAGUGACGAAAAUUGAUUCAGCGACAGAACCCAAAAAAUCUAUUGUCGCUAAACAAAUAAAUAUAAACUCUGAAGACUAUCUUAUAGAUUCAGUUAUAUUGGAAAUUGAAGACCGAGAAAAAUUUCUUUCCAAUAUGGAAAUUUUGGGUCAAGCUGCAAAAUAUAGAGAGUCAAUAACCUUCGAAAUACGAGAUCGUGUAAGACAUUUGCAAGAAUUUUUAAGAAAAACAUCUUCAACACAUCGCCAAACAGACAUACAAAAAAUAGCUUUAAAAUACCGACAACCACAAAUUCCAUCCAAACCAUACAAAAUAGAUAUUGUUGACAGUGUAAAAGGAAUGCAAUAAUAUCACACUCGAUGUUUUAUUCUUGCAUUAUUGCAUUUUUCAAGUAUAGAAUUUUUUUUAAGAAUAGAAUAAUACUGAUAAUAAAUAGGAAAAUACGCACAUAAAUGUUAAAAAAAAAUUUAACUACAAGAGUUCAUUUUAUAGAUGUUUUUUUUAUUUUCUUAGAAAAAUUGCUUAACAUAUAUUGAAGCUAAUAAUACAAAUUGUAA